AUGGAGGGGACUUUCCGAGAGCAGCUUUUCUUCCUUGUGUUAUGUCUGUCAUUUCUGAAGGGAGACACCAGAUACAUCGGUGUGCAGGAAAAUGACAUUACACCAGAGGGAUUAUUUGCACUUCUUAAUUCAGAGCUCAAAAGAGAAAUACCCGAGACAUUAAUUUACAGGCGACCCCUCCGUUGUCUGGACAUGGUGGCAGUAGAGGGUCAGUUCACCUUCACAGCAGACCGGUCUCAGCUCAGCUGUGCUGCUUUCUUCAUCGCUGAGCCCGAACAGGUCAUCAGUGUGGAGUAUGACAGCGUCGACAUCGACUGCAGGGGAGGAGACUUCAUCAAGGUGUUUGACGGCUGGGUGAUGAAGGGAGAGAAGUUCCCUAGUUCCCAGGACCACGCCCUGCCGUUGAUGGAACGCUAUGUGGACUACUGCGACUCUGGGACAGUCAGGAGAACCGUGCGGUCGUCUCAGAACGUUGCCAUGCUGUUCUUCCGCAUUCACACUGCCGGGAGCUCCUUCACGCUGACAGUCAGGAAACCCAUCAACCCUUUCCCCUGUAAUAUCAUCUCACAGACACCAGAGGGCAGCUUCACCAUGGUGAUACCCCAGCAGCACAGGAACUGCAGCUUCUCCAUCAUCUACCCUGUAGAGAUCAAGAUUGCUGAGCUCAGCCUGGGACACCUCAACGACUUCCCCAUCAAGAGGUCUAUCCCAGGCUGUGCGGGAGCAGGGGACUUUGUGGAGCUGCUGGGAGGGAACGGAAUGGACCCGUCUAAAAUGUUCCCUGUAGCUGACCUUUGCUACAACUUUAACGGUCCCGCCCAGAUGAAGAUAGGUUGCGAUAACACGGUGGUUAGGAUGGUGUCCAGCGGGAAGUUUGUCAACCGGGUGGUGUUCCAGUACCGUCUGCUGGACCGGCAGGAGCUGCAGAGGAUCAAGGUGAACAGUGUGGAGGAUUUCUGCUUCACUGGCUGA